AUUCCGAGCGGAUGUGACGCAGCAGCAGGAGUGUGACCCGAGGAACCUCAAACAUGCGUCAAUCCCGAAAAAAACAAACUCCGCCAAAUAUCGGAUUAUUAUCUUAAACCCUUAUUCACACUCCAAAAACUCUCCAUGUUAUAAAUUAAGGAUAUAAUCAAUCAGAUAACCCAGCAGGGACUCAUGUGUUUGUCUUGUGGAGCCCUGUAUAAUCCAGCACCUCUCCAUGGAUUAAGCGCAGAGAAAAGCUGAAUCGAAUCAUUCUGCUCGAGGAAGGUCGCGGCACCGGUUCAACAUGCCCCUUCCGUUCGGAUUAAAACUCAAGAGAACCAGAAGAUACACGGUGUCCAGCAAAAGCUGCCUGGUCACCCGCAUACAGCUGCUCAACGGCGAGUAUGUGGAGUUCACGCUUUCGGUGGAGAGCACGGGCCAGGAAUGUCUGGAGGCAGUCGCGCAGAGACUCGAGUUACGCGAGAUAACGUAUUUCAGCCUGUGGUACUACAACAAACAAAACCAGCAGAGAUGGAUUGAUUUGGAGAAACCGCUGAAGAAACAGCUUGACAAGUACGGACUGGAGCCGACCGUUUACUUUGGGGUGGUGUUCUACGUGUCGACCGUCACCCAGUUACAACAAGAGAUAACCAGAUAUCAGUAUUAUCUCCAGCUGAAGAAGGACGUUCUCGAGGGGAAAAUCCCAUGCUCCAUUGAGCAAGCCAUCCAUUUGGCCAGCUUGGCUGUGCAAGCUGACCUUGGAGAUUUCAAUCGAUAUGAAUCCCAGGAAUUCCUUCAGAAAAUUGUGCUUUUUCCAAUGCCAUGGAUCCAGGACGAGAGGGUUGUGGAGGAGGCCACUCAAAAAGUCACCAUGCUCUAUCAAAACUAUCGAGGUCUGUCUGCUCCAGAGGCGGAGUUACUCUACAUGCAGGAGGUGGAGAAGAUGGAGGGCUACGGUGAGGAGAGUGUCCAAGCGAAGGACACUCAAAGCACAGAUGUGAUUAUCGGCUCUUGUCUGGAUGGGAUUUUUGUCAAGCACAAAAAUGGGAAGGCACCUCUCAUGUUUCGGUGGAAUGACAUUAAUAAUAUGACUCAUAAUAAGUCCUUCUUUGCCCUGGAGCUCGCCAACAAAGAAGACACAAUCCAGUUCCAGACCGAGGACAUGGAGACGUCCAAAUACGUGUGCAGAAUGUGGCUGGCGCGACACAAGUUUUACAAAAUUAACAACAGCAGUUUAGAGCUGUCUGAUGGCCCGAACUCUGAGGGCUCCCAGAGGUCCAUUCUCUCUCUUUCAUUUCCUCGCUUUCCAACCCUCUCUCGUCCCUCUGUGCCUGCUGACAAGGGACAAACUCAGCCCGCUCCUGUAAACCCCGUGAGGCGACGGUCCUCGACGAGAAUGUCUCUGCCAAAACCACAACCGUACAUGAUGCCACCUCAGAUGCACUUUAAUGGCCAUUACACCGAGCCGUACACGUCUUCGCAAGAUAAUCUUUACAUCAACAACCAGAAUGGGUUUUACUACCAUUCCCAAACCAGUCUGGACCGCUCUCCGCAUGAGUACAACGGACGUAUCCGGAACGGCAGCGUUUACAGCGCCCAAAGCACCAGCUCCCUGAACAAUCCACAGCACUACUUGCAGCCGUCGCCCAUGUCGUCCAACCCGAGCAUCACAGGAAGUGAUCUCAUGCGGCCGGACUACGUGCCUUCCCACCGCCACAGCGCCCUAAUCCCGCCGUCCUACCGUGCUACGCCCGAUUACGAGACGGUCAUGAGGCAGAAGAACCUCGGUAUGAUCCCGCCCGCCGAGCGCCAGAGCCACUCCAUGAGGAACCUCAACAUCAGCAACUCGUACGCCUACAGUCGACCCGAUCCGCUCGUGUACAGCCAGCCGGAGAUCCGCGAGCAUGGAGCGGGCCAGUAUCCGUUCCACCUCAACUACAGCUUCCACAGUCCCUCUCCGUACCCCUAUCCCACCGAGAGACGGCCCGUGGUGGGCGCCGUUAGCGUCCCCGAACUCACCAACGUCCAGCUCCAGCAGGCGCAAGAGUACCCGGCGCCCAACAUCAUAAGGAAUCAGGUGUACUGGCCGCCACCGCCGUAUCCCUACCCUCAUCCUCGACCCGCCAACAGCACGCCGGAUCUGUCCCGUCACCUCUACGUCAGCAGCAGCAACCCGGAUCUCAUCACGCGCCGCGUGCACCACUCAGUGCAAACCUUCCAGGAGGACAGUCUGCCCGUGGCGCACUCGCUGCAGGAAGUGAGUGAGCCUCUCGUCACGCCUCGCCGUCCUCACAUGCACAAGCGCAACUCCAUCGAGAUCGCCGGGCUGGCGUACGGACUGGAGAACAUGAGGCUGAAGGAGAGGAAGGUAUCCGCAUCUGCGGCCGAGACUCCGCCCCCGGUUGCCCAGGCGAUGACCCCUACAGCAUCUGGCCCUGACAUCAAUGUCGUCCUGGAUGUUUCGAAGUCUGAGGACGUGGUCAUCAAGGAGGACGUGUUCUACGGCCACAAAAAAUCCCUGUCUGACGCCACGAUGUUGGUGCACAGCAGCGGUGAGGAGGAAGAGUUUGAAGACGACAGCGGCCGUCACACACCCCAGUCUCAGGAUGCGGUAGGUGGUCCUGAGCAUCACAUGACACCGCUGGAACGGUCACUCGUAGAUCCGCCCGCUUAUCCAUUCAGCCACAGUAUGGACACGGUCCCGACGGGCCCUCCCGCAUACCAGGCCCAUCCAAUCAUCCGCAAACCAGAGGACAUGGGGCAGCUACCACCUCUUCGAGAGCCCGGACACAUGAUGCCCUCGAUGUCAGAGGGGGAUCUGAGCGGACAGGGACGCUUGAGACAGAAGAGAGACGUCUAUAAGAGACCUGUCUCUGAUGUACCACCUGCCAGAAGGAACAUCGAUGGCCUUCCACCAGCAGGCAUGAAGAAAGGACGCUCGGAGGUCAAGAAAGUGGGACCCCUGAAGCUGGCAGCUCUCAAUGGCCUGACCCUGUCCAGAAUGCCGCUGCCUGAUGAAGGGAAGGACGACUCGGAGAACGCGUCUAAUGAUGAGAGAUGUAAGAUACUGGAGCAGCGAGUGGAGCAGGGGAUGGUGUUCACAGAGUACGAGCAGGUGCCCAAGAGGCGGCCCAACUGUGAGUGUAGUAUCGCUCAGAUGCCCGAGAACAGCGACAGGAACCGCUUCCAGGAUGUCCUGCCCUACGACGACACGCGUGUGGAGCUGGUGCCCACCAAAGAGAACAACACGGGCUACAUCAACGCCUCACACAUCAGGGUUACAGUCAGAGGUAAAGAGUGGAGUUAUAUCGCAUCUCAGGGUCCGCUCUCCAGCACCUGCCAAGACUUCUGGCAGAUGGUUUGGGAACAAGGAGUUGCCAUCAUCGCCAUGGUAACAGCAGAGGAGGAAGGAGGUCGUGAGAAGAGUUUCCGCUAUUGGCCUCGUCUGGGCUCUCGCCACAACACUGUUACUUACGGACGAUUUAAGAUCACCACGCGCUUCCGUACGGACUCUGGGUGCUACGCCACAACCGGCCUGAAGAUCAAACAUCUCCUCACAGGACAGGAGCGAACCGUCUGGCACCUGCAGUACACAGACUGGCCCGAUCACGGCUGCCCGGAGGACUUUAAAGGCUUUCUUUCGUACUUGGAGGAGAUCCAGUCCGUGAGGCGACACACAAACAGCUCCAGCGAUCCAAAGAACACAAACCUGCCGGUUCUGGUGCACUGCAGUGCAGGGGUGGGACGCACUGGUGUGGUCAUUCUGUCUGAGAUCAUGAUAGCUUGUCUGGAACAUAAUGAGAUGCUGGACGUCCCGACUGUUCUGAACUUGCUGCGGCAGCAACGCAUGAUGAUGGUGCAGACACUUUCACAGUACACCUUCAUUUACAAAGUCCUCAUUCAGUUCCUGAGAAACUCCAGACUGAUCUGAGACCAGCGCUGGCACGGAGGAGACGUCCUCCGUCUCCCAUGAGCCCCCUCACAACCUCUCAGUCCGCCGGAGCCGUGAACGCAUCGCACCGGCAGCGGCGGCGCGGCUUCGCUUCCUGAGCGCUUCCUCGCAGUAUUAGUGACGGGGCGAGACACGAGCCGGGGCAAGUAUGAAGGACGCUGCGCCGCGCUCUCUUUAACCAGUAUUAUUCACAGAUUUCACUGUGGGCUUUUACACGUGAUCACGGAUGGCAGUCCCAGCACUUUUAUUUUGCUGUACAUAGACGCGAAUGAUGCAGCUCUGUUAUUUAAUACGAUACGCUGAACUGCAGUGGUUCUUUUAUACUGGGUUCCUCGUGGAUUUUAUUAGUUUACGCAUGAAGGUUUAGCGCGCCAAAAACGAAAACAGCAGUGUUUAAAGACGUGUGUGGAUUUGAAAUGGUGAACUUCAGUAGAAAUGAUCAGGUGAAUCUCACGAAAAGCCAGAAAAAAAUACAAAUUUGAUGGAAAAUGUUCUGAUGCCAAAAAAUGCCUUGUUUCUUUUCAUGAGAUUCACCUUUUUGCAUCAUGGGAUGGAUGUCACAGGACUCUGGGAGUUUGAAGUUUCACAUCCAGUGUUACAUGGCAUGUUAAAGCCAAGCUGUUUCUUGAGGUUUUGAUAACUUUAUGAAUGGGUUUCGCUGUUCAAACGUGUCUCAAGUUUGAAUGCGGCCAAAGACGGUUUAUCUGAUCGCAGACGCAACCUUUAAAUAAUUUACAAUAUGUAUUAAGAUUGUAUAUGAAAACUCUCAAAUGUAUUCUACGUAUCAUAAUCAGAAAGGCUUUCUUGUUGCAUUAGGGAUGUUUUUGUAUUUUUUCAGCUCUUUUAGCCACCAGCAUUCAAUAACCCGACGCACCAAAGAGCGUCACAGACUUGUGGAUUGGAGUGAACAAUAGUUGUGGGUAUUUUGUUAACGGUUUGUGACCUCACUAACUUACACACACCAGCUAUGAUGGUUUACCAAAGAAUUUUCAGCAUAUAUCGAGUUCAUUUACUUCUUAAAGUCUUAAAACACUGUGAAAUUGUGUUAACCAAGCAGAAAGUGCCAUAUCAAAUCAUUUACGCCCUUGGCAUUUUAAUUCACACAAUGUUUGAAUUGCGAUCAGGUGUUAUAAUCUUUAAUUAUGAUAAAGCGGCGCUGAUCGAUGUUACAUUCCACCGUAAUGAUGCUGUUCUUAAACCCAAACGUACCUGCAGUGCCCCACUCAAACAUUCAUUAUGACAGUUUAUUAAAAGUAUCCAAUUUUUGCCAUGGGUGAAUUUCACAAAAAAAAUGUCCAGGUCAUAUUUCGCUUCAAAAAACAAUGCAAAAAAAAAGCAAUUUAACCCUUGUGCGUCAAUUAAAAACAAGUUACACAGGUCCAUAGUGGAUAAAAAUGUGUCAAAAAAAAUUGAAGCUUGGGAGCACAGACUUAAGUUUGGUCUCAUUUUAAAGAAGACCCUUGGUAGAUUACUGUUGAUGUAAAAAAAAAAAAAAAAAAAAAAAAAAAAAAAAAAAUUAAAAAGUGAAACCAAAAAAAAGUUAGAGGUUUAAGUUUAUGAAAAUAAUUUAUGAACAUUAUUUUAUAUAAAAUAUAUAUUUUAUGAAACAUAUUGAACUCUAAAACUGCUAGAAAAUCUAAGCCAUAAAUCUAAACAAGUUGUGUUCCAAAUUUGAAGUUGAUAUCUCAAAAAAUGAGCUUUCAGUAAGAUUUUGUUUGGGCGCAGUACCACAUUUUAGAGCCUGUUCUCAUUAGAAAAACGUACCUGUGGGAAUGUUUUCGCGAGUCGCAAAAUACGUACCAAUAUGUACACAUGAAAUGUCCACUGAGUGGCGGCACUAAAAGCGUGUUCAUUUUUUGCCGGAACAGAUAAACGUGAAUAUGGUAUGUUUUUAUGACGUUGGUUAUUAUACGAAUCACCGCAGUUCUGAUUUGAAAUUUGUCCGGUGAGUGCUCCAUUACGUUUUAAAAUAACGUACCACCAACACUACACCUAAACCUACCCGAUAGUGUUAACAAAAGAAAAUGUGACAUAAAAAGCAUCCGUAGUCGUGCUUGUUUUUGAUCUCUCAUCUUUGAGCUCUUUUACCGUGACUCGUUUUUUUUACGAGAUUCAUACCCAAGGCUUCCUCGUCCUAAGUCCAACUGCGUAUCAGCUGAGCUACCGAGCGAGCUUAUGUCAGAAAAGCGAAACAUAUGGAGCUGGUUAAGCGAUGCAGAGUCCAAAAUAUAUUCGUUUACAAAUCAUGCACUUUAAUAAAAAGCGUUUUGAAGUCAUAACAUAAUAUUGUGCAAACAAGUCUUUAUUAAUCCAUUAUCUGACCCUGUAAUCGUAACUGUGUGUGAAAACGAUUAAAAGCGCUUGCUGUUUUACUGCCUCUAGUGUUCAUUUCUGUUGGAAACUGCAGUGAUAUGUAGUAUUGGUACGUAUUUUUGCGACUCCCACAGGCACGUCUUUCCAUGAGACCAGGUUGAAAUUUUACCAAUUAGAUGCCAGCAAAACUCCACUGGUACACACAAGCAGUAGAGUUUUUCUCUCUCAAAUAUUACAAGCACACACACAAUUUUUUUAAUACACACAUAUAAACCACACCAACACACCCACACAAUCAUAGCUGCAUAAUUUAUCUAAUUGGCUCUAUAAUGUGCAGAAGCAGAAAACAGGAAUAAAGCGAGUAUUGGCUUUAUAGGCCAAACCUGAGAAUAUCUGGUAAAAAAUUUAAAUUUUGAAGCCUUGCCAACAAAAUGAAAGCCUAUUAACAAAGAUUGCGUCAUUUUAUAGUUAAAAUGACCCUGGGAUUAAAAAUUGCAGUUUUAAUGGGUUUCAAUGGGGCCAUUUUGGUCCAAAAGGAACUAUUUUGUGUUACUAGUGUAAAAUAGAUUUAUUAAAGGAAAUGAGGGUGAAAUAUUAAAAUUCCAAUAAAAAUACACACCUGUACCAAAUUUUAUGCAGUUGGCAUUAACACAGGCAAAAUGAUCAAUAAAACAAAACUGAAAAAGACAGAAAUGUCCAUAAGGUCGCACAAGGGUUAAGUGCGUGCAAUUGUUGUACUGAAUUGGAUGUUUUACAGGAUAUUUAUAAAAAUAAUGUUGCAGAAACAUUAAUUGUCCCAAAAUAGGCUUUUUUUUUAAUGCAAAAUAUAAAGUAAUUAUAAUAUAUUUUUUUCUUUUGAUUUUGGGCUGAAAUAUGACCAUAAAUUCACUCUGAAGCUCUGAAUGGUGCGUAAAACAAUAGCAAUGUCCUUGUUUUGUUUUUGUUGUUUUUUUGUGAAGGACAAUCACUUUGUUUGACAUUAUAUUGUGCAUCUGAAUUCUGAAUAUCACUUCAUAAAUGAACUAAAACCUGUAAAGGUUAAUUUAAUCUGAACAUAUCUACAGGGUCGAGUUCCUCCAUCCACACGAUGGCUUGAAUCGGCAUUUAUCCGUCAGUACUAUAUGAGGUAAAAGUCAUUUAAGUGUUUUGGAGUAAAUGGUUGUAAAAGCACAAUGUCCUUUUCAUAAUUCAUGUUGAGUUUUAUUGCUCUAGAUUUAGGCAAUCUGCUGCGAGGUUUGCUCAUGUUACUAUGCGAGCGGACCGUGAUCAGUGUUCAUCUGAACUGGAAAACGGAAAUUCAAGACAAUAUAUGAACAAAGCUGAAAACUGGACUGUUAAAGCCCUUCCCAGAGCUGCUUUUUUGGAAUACAUGUAUAUUAAUAGCAGAUACUGUUUAUAUUGCUGAUUUUAAGUGUUAUUAACUUUUAACCACAUUAAAUUUGCCGCCGUCGUCAUGAGUGCGUGUUCUGAUGAUGUACAGCUGUCAGAAGAGCUAAAUUAUAUCCCAUUGUAAACAACUAUAUUUUUCAUUCAGAAAAUAAAUAUUUGAAGUUGUUAAAGUAA